AUAACGUUGCUAAAGAUCAAUUCACUAGUUGGGGCUCGUUCCGGAGAAACUGGGAGGGGAGGGGGGGAAAUCGGUCGCUUGGAGGAGGAGAACAAACAACAGGGGGAGAGAUCAAGAGGGAGAGUCGGCGGAAAGUGCACAAACAGAAGAGAUAGAUUGAUCCAGAACCUUUCUCCCUUCUGAUUGAUUGUGGGCAGGGGCGAAAAGAAAUCCACAGAUAAAAUUAAUUAGAUUAGUGGGCUUGUUAAUAAAAGUUACUCUAUGACACACACACUAUUGCGGGAGCAAGAUGGGGUAAUAUAUCAAAUACCCCGAAACCAGCAAGGAGAUCUUAGUUCGAAUAAAGGGGGGAAGUUUGAGUUUUGGUAUACCCUGCUUGAUGAUAUAGACCUACCUCUUAUUCCAUCAGUUCUGUUGUCUCAUUGCAGCAUCAGAAUGGGAAACAUUCUGAAUCUCAUGCUUGGAGCAACUACACUGGAACAUUGCCAUCAAAAGAAAUGCCACCAAGGCAGAAUAUCAGAUAAUCUAUUUGAACCGUUGCACAUUCUGGUAUUCAGGGCUAUAUUAAACCGUGCCAGAUGUAAAGCAAGCUAUCAAAAGGGAAUAGCCGACAGUCAAUUUCAACUUUUAAGCAUUCUAAUUUGCAUAGCAAUGUCAGCACGUCGCAGACAAGUCUAUGAGGAGGGGACACCGGAUGAUCAAUUUAAACUGUAUAGCAUUCUGAUUUGUGGAGUUAUAUCUGACUACAUCUGCCAAAAACUAAUGCAUGAAAAUAGAAUAUCAAAUGACCCAUUGGAAAAGCUUCCAGAGGACGUGCUAUGUAUCAUUUUGUCUACAUUGCCUCUGGAUAAGGCCGCAAGGACGAGUACGGUAUCAAGGAAAUGGAGAUUCUUGUGGACAGUUCGUCCGAAACUGAGUUUUGAUGGAAUUACAGUGCAUGGCAAAAACACCUGCAUGAAACACCAAUAUUUUCGAAAGUUCAUCGACAAUGUUGAUGCGGUCUUGGCACAGUGCCAUGUCAGUGUUGUUGACGAGCUUGCGAUCAAAGUUGAUUUUGACACCAUGCUGGUUAUUCAUCUUGAUAACUGGGUUAACUUCAUGGUAUCAUCACGGACAAAGUUCCUAACUUUAGAUUUAGCACCAGAAGAUUUCCAAGGUCGUGAUGAUCGGUACUUAUUUCCAUUCAAACUUUUAGAUAGUGGAAGUAUAUCCCGUCUACAAGAAAUUCAUCUUAGCUUUGGACAUCUUCAGCCACCAAUUGGUUUCAGUGGUUUCCCCAACCUACGGAAGCUUGAUCUGAACUUAAUGAAUGUCAGUAGAAAGGAUCUUGAAGAGAUGUUGUCAAAUUGCUGUAAUCUAAGCAUUGUUAGAUGUCACCUCGAGGAUGAACUAAAGGUUAACGGUCCACUGCCUCACCUGCUAUACUUGAAUAUUUCAUUCUGCGGAAUAACGAAGAUUGUAUUGCGUGGUGUGCAACUCACAACUUUUAUAUACAAGGGAACGCCGGUAUGCAUUGACCUCGGUAAAUCAUCAAGACUGGAAAAUGCAGAUAUUUGUUUUUCUAAAGCUACUCUUGAGGAUGCUACCACCCAACUUGUUAAUGUGUUUACACAUGUUCAAAAUCUGAUUUUUGAUACUUUCUGUAAAUCAACGGAGAUGCCCUACCUGGUGCAUACCCGAUGCAAGUUUUCUCAGCUGAGGCAUUUAAAAUUGUUGCUACUAUUUGAAAACGAGGUUGACACCCUAAGUUUGGUCUCCUUCAUGAUGUCUGCUCCUUUCAUCGAAAAUUUUGAGAUAACUUUUAAUGUUGAUCCUUUACUAUACACGGAACACGUGCCUACGAAGACACGUCGGGAGCGUCCUUAUAAAUAUCUGAAGAAUGUAUGCAUGAAAGCAUUCCAAGGAUCGAGAGGCCAGCUUGAAUUUCUUUCACACGUAGUAGAAAAUGCCCCUUCCUUGGAAUUUUUAACUCUAGAUAGUUGGCGUCCACUGCUGGAGUAUGUGAAAGAUGCUGACAGAACGAGAUUUGUGGAUUCAGCUCAUCGAACCGCGAGAAGAUGUCUGCAAGGAAAGAUCUCUCCCAAGUGCUCUCUGAGAUUACUUUAAUCAGGAUUUAAGCGAGGUAGAUGUACAAUUAUUGAGGCUCGGUUGGGGUUGUUUAGCUGUGCUAAUGGUGAAUUUAUUUUAUAAUCCGCUGUAGAGAAAUUGGUAAGGAAGUAGAAAAAAGUUGGUUGUUGAUCAAUCAUACAGUGAAAUUCAACGGUUGGUUAGAAAAGCUGGAUCCUAAUCCAAAGGCAGCUUGAUUCUCGUACAUAUAUCAUUGUGGUAGCUGUAAAAUAUAAGGGGUUGCUGUAUAUGCAAGUUUCUACUGGUUCUUA